UACGGGUUGCAAACUAGUUUACAUAUAGAAUAAAAUAAGGAAAUCAAAAUUAGUUGUAACUUGUAAAGUUAGAAACACAAGGGUGCCCAGACCUUAAAAAAAAAAAAAGAGAGAGAGAGAGAAUGUGGUAUGAUCCCGGGGCUGGGGCUGAGAGAAAUAAGAGUGGGGGCAUUAGAGAGGCAUUGUUGUCAGAUGACCCGCAAGAGUUCAGAACAGAUUCCAUAAACAGAAUAAGUGCAGACGGAUGUGCAUUGGGCCUCUCGGCUAGGCAUUAGCAUUUUGUGCACAUCCAACGGCUCCAAUCAUAUCAAUUUUCCUUUCUCUUCUUUUCCUUUUAACACAAUAGUUGAGUCAUGACAUCAGUGCUGUGCGCCUGCGCCAUCUCGUGAGUGGGGUUUCCAUUCAAAUUACUUUAUCAAUUUUAAUAUCUAUGCACCUUUACCUUUACACCGAUAUUCUUUUUUAUUUUAUUUUCCAUUCCUAUCCUAAUUGUCCCUUGUAUUUUCUCUCUCAGUCACUCUCCAUUUCUUGUUGUGUUGUGUGUUUCUCAAGUUUACCUAUUAGUUGCAACCAGCCACAGCAGCAGCAGCCCCGAUACAUUCGGCCAUGCCGGUGUCCGUUUCUAUACUUCAAUUUAUCGGAUGAUUGCCAAUUUAUAUUAAGAGAUAAGGACCAGUUGCGGUUAAACAAAGUUGUGUUGUUGAAGACAAGAAAGGCUCCAGAAAAGCGCGUGAAGUUUGCAGCCAAAGCAGCGAAGCGAGACAAAAUGCAACCCACAGUGGUUCCCUGGAGCUGACAGGUGGUACCCCACAUCGUUUACAUGAGCGUUCCACA